CCAUCAGCUGCACGCUGUCUCUGCGCCUGCUGAUCGUUGACGGCCGCUGCCCCACGUAAUCCGAAAAUAAAGCUGAGGGAGCUACAGCUUUCGCUCCCCGACCUGCCCCUCAACAGUCCAACAAAUAAACAAUUGCCCCCAAAACCCGACGCCGCACGCACACUCAGCUCCAACAGCCAUGGCGAACGCUCUCGACCACCUGAACGCUGGCAGGACCAGGAUUGAGUGGCUCUCGCAGCUCAACACCGAGUACCACCCGGCCAAAGAGUACCGCAGGACGUCGAUUAUCGGCACAAUUGGCCCCAAGACGAACUCCGCCGAGAAGAUCAAUGCCCUCCGCAAGGCUGGUCUCAAUGUCGUACGCAUGAACUUCUCCCACGGCUCGUAUGAGUACCACCAGUCGGUCAUCGACAAUGCGCGCCAGGCCGAGAAGACGCAACCGGGCAGGCCUCUGGCUAUUGCCCUCGAUACCAAGGGACCGGAGAUUCGGACGGGCAACACGCCCGGUGACGAAGAUAUCCCCAUCGGCGCUGGAGACGUUAUGAACAUCACCACCGACGAUGCGUAUGCCACGAAGAGCGACAACAAGAACAUGUACGUUGACUACAAGAACAUCACCAAGGUGAUCGAGGCCGGCCGUACCAUCUACGUCGACGACGGCGUGCUGUCAUUCGAGGUUCUGGAAGUCGUGGACGAGAAGACACUCAAGUGCAAGUGCUUGAAUAACGGCAAGAUCUCCUCGAAGAAGGGCGUCAACCUCCCCAAGACCGACGUCGACCUGCCCCCGCUCUCCGAGAAGGACAAGGCCGAUCUGCGAUUCGGCGUCAAGAACGGGGUGGACAUGAUCUUUGCUUCCUUCAUCCGCCACGGAAGCGACAUCACGGCGAUUCGCGAGGUCCUCGGAGAGGAUGGCAAGGACAUCCAGAUCAUUGCCAAGAUUGAGAACCAGCAAGGCGUGAACAACUUCGAUGAGAUUCUCAAAGAGACGGACGGUGUCAUGGUUGCCCGUGGUGACCUCGGUAUUGAGAUUCCUCCCAGCCAGGUCUUCAUCGCCCAGAAGAUGAUGAUCACGAAGUGCAACAUUGCAGGCAAGCCCGCAAUUUGCGCCACGCAGAUGCUGGAGUCCAUGACCUACAACCCGCGCCCAACGCGUGCCGAGGUCAGCGAUGUUGGAAAUGCUGUUCUGGACGGCGCGGACUGCGUCAUGUUGUCCGGCGAGACCGCCAAGGGCAAUUAUCCCGUCGAAGCCGUGACCCUGAUGCACGAGACGUGCUUGCUCGCCGAGGUUGCCAUCCCAUAUGUCAACGCCUUCGAUGAACUGAGGAAGCUGGCCCCUGUGCCAUGCCCCACGACGGAGACUUGCGCUAUGGCAGCGGUCAGCGCCAGCCUGGAACAGAAUGCUGGCGCUAUUCUUGUGUUGACCACCAGCGGUACGACCGCACGUCUUGUGUCCAAGUACCGACCCGUCUGCCCCAUUAUCAUGGUUACCCGUAACCCAAUGGCUGCCCGGUACUCCCACUUGUACCGCGGCGUGUACCCCUUCUAUUUCCCCGAAGCGAAGCCUGACUUCAACUCCACCCCGUGGCAGGAGGACGUUGACCGCCGUCUGAAGUGGGGAAUCAUGAACGCAAUCAAGCUUGGUGUGCUCAACAAGGGCGAUGCUGUCGUCUGUGUCCAGGGCUGGAGAGGCGGCAUGGGCCACACCAACACCCUCCGGAUCGUUCCGGCAACCGAGGACCUUGGUCUUGACCUAGAAGCUUGAAUUUGAUGAAGUGGGUAUGAUGAACAGCUUGCACUUGGUGUACAGACUUCCAAGGUUGACAGAAGGAAAGGGUGGUGGGUCGACUAGGCGUUGAUGCAAAACUUAUGGUUACGAUAGCAUGUCUGCGUAGACACUACUAGCUCAUGAAUAUGAAAACCAGAAAAUGUUGCCCC